AUGUCGAAGGCGGACGGGGAUCCCCGGCAGAGGCGGCCCAACAUCGUGGUGCAGGAGAUGACCGAAGACACGAUCAAGUUCGUUCUCACCGGCACGGACACCUCGAUCGCCAACGCGCUCCGCCGCGUGAUCAUCGCGGAGGUGCCAACCAUCGCCAUCGACCUCGUCGAGGUGAUCGAGAACUCGUCGUGCCUCUGCGACGAAUUCAUCGCGCACCGCCUCGGACUCAUCCCGCUCGUCUCGCACAAGGCUGCCGACAUGGAGUUCCCUUACGACUACGCGGGCGACGACGAGACCGUGACGGACGUCCCCAUCGAGCUCAGGGUCAAGUGCGUGAGCGACCAGACCGAGGACGUCACCUCCAACGAUCUCUUGAUCAACGGCGACUACACGCAGUACGACACCGUCAAGCCCGUGCACUACCGCCCGAGCGGGCGCGCGUUCGGCGACGCCACGGCGUCGGGCGCCCCCGCGGACGGGUCCCAGGCGGACGGCGACAAGCACCCCAUCCUCAUCCUCAAGCUGCGCAAGAAUCAGGAGAUCAACAUGCGAUGCGUGGCGCGCAAAGGGGUCGGGCGGGACCACGCCAAGUGGCAACCCGUCGCCACCGCGGUGUACCGAUUCGAGCCGGAGAUCACCAUCAACGAGGACCUCAUGGCGACGCUCACGGAGGAGGAGAAGAUAAAGUUCGUGGAGUCCUCCCCGACGCCGGUGUUCAGGUACAACGAUCAGACUCGGAAGGUCGAGGUCAACAUGCCCGAGUCGUACACGUACGACGGCGAGUGCCUCAAGUGGGCCGAGGACAUGGGCAAGCCCGGGCUGGUGGACAUUCGCGCAAAGGAGGACACGUUCCUGUUCACGGUGGAGAGCACGGGGGCGCUGCCGCCGGAGACGAUCGUGCUGAACGCGCUGAAGGUGUUGGACACGAAGCUCGAGAUGACAAAGAGCGAGCUGGAUAUCGUAAAGAGCGAGAUGGACACGGCGGGCGUCGAGUGA